GUAACCCUAUUUUGAGGCUUGAUAAGGAUGUCCGAACUAAUUGAUUUACAAAGAAAUAUGGUCCCAUCAACUCCGCCAUGCCAUGCCAUGCCAACGUACUCUCGUGCUGAUUUGCAAUAAUGUCUCUCCCCUGUCUUGGACCAAAAUUUCCUUCCGUUUUUCCAUCUCCCAAUUCUGAGAUGCAUGUUCUCCUGUAAUUCUAAUAAUUCAUGCAUCGAUAUCAAUGUUCAAGCCCAGAGUUGAUAUGAUCAAUGUGUAAUCCAGAAUCGAUAUAGAAAAUCAAGGAUUUUGUUGUUCGAUUUGAAUUACGGGGGAAAAUAAGUAAAUAAAACCUAGUUGAUUAUGGCCCCUAAAUCGUCAAAUCGGUUUUCUCUGGGCUCAAUGACCGGAUUACAGUUGGGGUUAAUCUUGUUUUUCCUGUCAUCAAUUGCCACCGGUGAUGAAGCUGCAAGCGCAACCCCCGGCACCGCGGCGUCCUCCUGCAGAAAUUACUCCAGCUUGGUUAAAGUCAAAAUGUGGGUUAAUGGUGCCGAAAAGGAUCAACUACGUGGGUUAAGUGCGAAAUUUGGCUCUAUAUUGCCGACCGAUGCAAAACAAGGCCAGAGAUUGCCAGCUAUUUAUACACAGCCAUUCACUUGCUGUUCAUCCUCAGGCUCUAAGCUAUCAGGCUCUAUUGCAUUGGCUGUACGUGGUGAUUGCGACUUUACAACAAAGGCCAAAGUUGCUGAAGAAGCAGGAGCAGCAGCAUUGGUGGUUAUAAAUACUGAUGAAGGUCUUCUGGAGAUGAGUUGUGGAAAUGAUACUAGUUUCAACAUUAAAAUUCCCGUUAUAACAAUAUCUAAGUCAGCAGGAGAGACACUAACUAAAUCCAUGGCUGGUGGGGUGAAAGUGGAACUAUUGGUAUAUUCUCCGGAUCGCCCAAUUGUAGACUACUCAGUGGUAUUCCUGUGGCUGAUGUCUGUUGGAUCAGUAAUGUCUGCUUCACUUUGGUCAGAGUUCACUGAAUCAGGCCAACAUGAUCAGCACUCUAAUGCAAUGACACCAAAGGAAUCUGAUGGUGCAGCAUCCAAGGAUGAGGAAGAGGAUGAAAUCCUCCAACUUAGCAUAACAACUGCUAUAAUUUUUGUCAUAAUAGCAUCAAGUUUUCUGCUGCUACUUUACUUCUUUAUGUCAUCAUGGUUCAUCUGGGUGCUAAUUGUACUUUUCUGCAUUGGAGGUAUUCAGGGAAUGCAUAAAUGUAUAGUUUCAUUGGUGUUAAGCAAAUGCAAAGGCUGCGGAGAAAAGAUGGUGAAUUUACCGCUUCUCGGGGAAACAUCUAUUUUCUCUUUAGCCAUCUUUAUAUUUUGUAUGGUGUUUGCCAUUGUGUGGGCUGCAACUCGUAAAGCAUCAUUCUCUUGGAUUGGCCAAGAUGUUCUUGGGAUUUGUAUGAUGAUAACCGUGUUGCAACAGGCUCAAUUACCAAAUAUAAAGGUUGCGACAGUACUUCUAUGUUGUGCAUUCUUGUAUGACAUUUUCUGGGUCUUCUUAUCCCCAUUUAUAUUCCGUGACAGUGUUAUGAUUGCGGUUGCUCGAGGUGAUAACAAUGGUGGAGAAGCGAUCCCCAUGCUUUUGAGAGUUCCUAAACUAGCUGAUCCUUAUCAUGGUUAUAGCAUGAUUGGCUUCGGAGACAUCAUAUUUCCUGGUUUGCUAGUCUGCUUUUCUUUCAGAUUUGACAAAUUCUAUAACAAGGGGAUACUGAAUGGAUAUUUUCUUUGGUUGAUGGUUGGUUAUGGAGCAGGGCUCGGCUUAACUUACUUAGGCAUGUAUAUAAUGGAUGGGCACGGUCAGCCAGCUCUCCUCUACCUCGUCCCCAGCACUCUGGGAAUAUGCGUCCUGCUCGGUCUGAUAAGGGGAGAGAUAUACCAACUGUGGAGCCACGGCAUUGACUCAGGACAACCAACUGCUGCUUCUGGAGACGCUUGAUGCAUCAAUAACACACAGAGUCUUCCAUUAUGGGCCAUCGAUUUGUAGGCUUAUAAAUACUUUUUUUGUAUUUAUUACCUCCUAUUAGUUAUUUUUUAUAGCUAUUAACUCUUACUAAUUAUUUUUCCUACAAUGUAAUACACUCACUGAAAAUAGCUUUGUAGUGGAAUAUGAAAUAACUAGAAAAAAAUCAGAGAAAUUGAGAGUACGCAUCAA